CAGGUUGCGUGUUUGGAGCAAAGAGUCUGAGCUGCUCCGCUGAACGCAGCGGUGCCACUCUUACCUUUUCAAGUAGGACUAGCUUGGAAAGUUAAGACAGCGUCCGAACUUUUUCCCGUUGCUCUGUUUUCUUCAUUUGUAAUCACUGGACCGACUGGAGAUGGCCUUAAGCGGGACCAUUUUGCCAUCCAUUUCCACUUUCGCCGCGCAGAAGGAGAAAUGUUGGGAAAACAGGUGGAAGGACGAUGACCUGCACGUCAGCUGCUUGACCGAGCUGUCCUCGAGCCUGGACGGCGCUGUUGCCAGCAGACACCAAGACGACGAGGAUCUGGACAAAUAUCUGGAUCUGGAGUUUAUCCUGGCCAACACGGCGUGCCCCGAGAACCUCCCGCCCAUGUCCGGCAUAGCCAUGGCUCUGGGGGGCGACUACAGGAUGCAGGAGGGCAGAGGCGGCUACAACAGCACGCCUGCCCCGACCAGCUCGUACCCAGCGGCCGAGCUCGCUGCUUCUCCCCCCGGCUACAGCGCUAGCCUCAUGGCCGAGCUGCUGCGCUCCGAAGCGGACACUUACUGCCCUCCUCCUCCUCAUCAUCAUCUCUCCAACCACAUCCAGGGACGCUUUCUGGUCAGGUCGCCGCCGUACACAACUCAGGACAUUAUUGCUGACGGCGUGAAAGCCGAGCCGUGCAUGGACAGCUACGGGCCCGUGAUGGGAAUGGUGCCCAAAAUAAAGCAGGAGGCGACGAGCAACGGAGCCUGCAUGAGGGCAUACGAGCAGCCACUGCUAGCCCACUCUCCACAGGGCUCCGGCAGCAUGACCCCUCCGCUCAGCCCGGCCGAGAUGAUGCACCCCGAAUGCCAGGCUCCCAUGUGCCGCUCCGUGCCCUUCGCGUCCGGCUUCCACACGGGCUUCCCCGCGCCCCCGCCGCCGCAGCUGCAGCUGUCUUACCCAGGCGUGGCGAUGCCCAGCGCCGGGCAGAGAGCUCUGCUCACGCCGCCCUCCUCGCCGCUGGAGCUGGACGCCAGCAAACCCAAGCGCGGACGCAGGACCUGGCCCAGGAAACGCACGGCCACGCACACGUGCACGUACGCGGGCUGCGGCAAGACGUACACGAAGAGCUCACACCUGAAGGCGCACCAGAGGACGCACACAGGUGAGAAGCCCUAUCACUGCAGCUGGGAAGGCUGCGGUUGGAAGUUUGCCCGGUCCGACGAGCUGACCCGCCACUUCCGCAAACACACCGGCCACCGGCCCUUCCAGUGCCACCUGUGCGAACGAGCCUUCUCCAGGUCCGACCACCUGGCCCUGCACAUGAAGAGGCACAUGUAGGAACUGACUUUUUCAUGGACCAAAGCACAAUGAACAUGAACAGUGAACGUCAAGACAAAUGCUGGGACCAUUCGAGUUCUUUUCUUCAAGCCUUCCUGCAUCUAUUCAGUAUUUGUUCCAAGACAAAACACGAACAGACUGGACAUUGUGCUGAACGCUAUGCACCAAUGUUUUCCUCUCGUGUAGCUGGUACUACUUUUUUAUGGACAAAUAUUUGCCAAGGAGCUUUAAAAGUGCGAAACCACUCGUUAGGCUGGACCUACACCUCUGACGCAACUGGAACCAGUAAAUAAAAAAAAUAUAUAUUAACACGAUGUGCUUCAGACGUCACGAUAGUGCCUUUUAUUACAUGCAGGCUAUACAUCUCAAGUGCCAUAAAUAUUUGUUUUUUUUAUUGUAUUAUACAGCAGUUUCCCAAAAAAAAAACAAAUAAGCUUUUAGACAAUGUUUUUCUUUUCUAAAACGGCCACACAAGUCACGAGACUGAAUGUUUUGGCUCAAUUUACUUGCAUAUUAACAUUUAAAUCAGGGUCUUUUUCUUUUGAAACGGUUUCUACAUGUUUUUAAAGUUGUAUUCCAGACUGUCCCAGUUUCAAGGGCUACAAAUGUCUUGUGAGUUGUUUCAGAACAAAGUCUUUCGACUUGUACAUAAUUUAUGCAAUGUAAAUAGUGUAUUUACUGUACAUAUUAAACUUAAGUGAGAUAUCUA